GGAGUGGCCAAGUGCGGCUGAUCCUUGUCUAUCCACACCUGACCGAAACACGCAUUGCAAAAAAAAAUUGUGGGAUGAAAUGAAAUCGAGUGAAUUCAAAAGUCGACGGGGCUGCUCUGCUAAUUGUUGCGGCCAAAGAUCUUGCGGCCGCCGACCCGGAGCACGCGGCGCCGGCAUGGAACGUGGAGUCGGCAACAAGCCCGGGGAUCGCGCCGCAAGAGGAGAACGAGGGGAGACGGGGACGCGCACGCUGCAGCCCACGGGCACGCGCGCGGCUGCUCGGCACGUGACGGCGGCGGUCACAAUGUAGCUACUCCCGGGGAAACUGUAGCACAUCCACAGUGAGAAGUCGGCUCUGCUCUGCUCGCCUCGGGUCGGGUGGUGCCUGUGCGGGUGGGCACACAUCUUCGAGCGAUGUUUUUUUUAAAUAAAAGCUCCACACUCCUCCCCGUGUUGAAUCAGCGCACUUAAAUGCAGAAGCGCACUGUGUGCAUUAACGCCAAAGCCAAUGAAUUGUACAUGAGGAAAGCAGCUUCUGAAUGCUACACAUGGAACCAGCUGCUCUUUGUGAUUUUGUACCAUGGCGCUAGAGGGGCAGGUAGCUGCAAUUUAAAAAAAUCUGCAACUCUAGGUAUAUUAUCAAUGGGCCGAUGAUUGGAUAACAGACACACUUGGUCUUGCGUCCUUUCAAACCUUGCAACAAAAAGAGAUGCUAAAAACCCCAGGAGAUGGAGGACGAGGAUUGUGAAACUGUGGAAUGCAAAAGAAGUCCAGUUAAUAGCUGAGGCUAACGACAUCGCUUCUGGAGGAACGGGCUAUUUCAGCCGUCAUGUAACUGCCACUAUUAGUACUUGAUUUGAUGAUCUAGCGGGAUCUUCAUACCGAUCAGUCAGUGGUUUAUUUAUGGGAGAAUCAUGGUUUAUGCUCCACUUUUGACUGCACCUGUGGGAACCUCAAAUAACACAAUUAUCACUUAUGAACAUGCCUAUUUCAACUCUACAGCACAUCGUGUAAUUCACAGUGAGAUGGAAGUUUCUGUUACUGAAGGAUCAGCCACUUACAAAGCUUCAGAAGGGAACUCUGAAAAUAGCACUACAGUCCCCUCUCAAUCAGCCCAUGGAGGUAUAAGCCUUCCUCUGCAAGUCCUCCUUUCUGCAGUUAUGGUGGUGAUAGCAUUAAUUUCUUUCUUGGGGAACUUUAUAGUCUGUCUCAUGGUGUAUCAGAAGGCAGCUAUGCGAUCAGCCAUCAAUAUCCUUUUGGCAAGCUUAGCCUUUGCAGACAUGAUGCUUGCAAUAAUAAAUAUGCCGUUUGCUCUGAUCACCAUCAAUACCACUUACUGGAUCUUUGGAGAUAUCUUUUGCAGGGUGUCUGCCAUGUUUUUCUGGCUUUUUGUGAUUGAGGGUGUAGUUAUUUUGCUUAUAAUUAGUAUCGAUCGAUUUCUCAUUAUUGUUCAACGCCAAGACAAACUGAACCCUUAUCGUGCUAAGCUGCUUAUUGCCAUCUCUUGGGGAAUGGCAUUUUGUAUGGCUUUCCCCCUCGCAGUUCGCAGUCCAGAUCUGCCUGUGCCGUCUCGAGCUCCACAGUGCGUUUUUGGGUAUUCCACGGACCCUGGCUAUCGGGUAUAUGUUCUGUUGAUAAUAAUCAUAUUUUUUUUUAUCCCAUUCAUGUUGAUGCUAUACUCUUUUAUGGGUAUCCUCAACACAGUUCGGCACAAUGCAAUUCGGAUCCAUAGUAAUUCGGAUGGCAUUUGUUUAGGCCAAGCAAGUAAGCUUGGGCUUAUAAGCCUGCAGAAACCGUGCCAGCUAAGCAUUGACAUGAGCUUCAAAACUCGUGCCUUCACCACCAUCCUGAUCCUCUUUGUUGUCUUCACUUUUUGCUCUGCACCAUUCACCACAUACAGCCUUGUUUCUACUUUCAAUAAAAGCUUUUACCAUAAAGUUAACUUCUUUGAAAUAAGCACAUGGUUUCUUUGGUUAAGCUACCUCAAAUCUGCACUCAACCCAUUAAUCUACUACUGGAGAAUUAAGAAAUUCCGAGAUGCUUGCUUGGAGCUGAUGCCAAAAACCUUCAAGUUCUUGCCUCAGCUGCCUGGACGCACGAGAAGACGUGUUCGUCCAAGUGCCAUUUAUGUUUGUGGUGAACAUCGAUCUGUUGUUUGAUACACACUUUUUUUUUAAGUAAAAAAAAAAGGCACUGCCAGCAUAAUAUUGGCCAAUUGUUUUGUGUGGAAUAUAUUUUCCCUAAAAUCUCAUUCUUUACCCAUACAGCCCUAUUAUACAUUUUUGAUUGCUCUGAUGUUCUUUAAACAAUAUCAAUGUUUCUGCAAUGUAAAUUUGCAAAAUAUUGGGUGUGCAAUUUGUAUAUUUUUGGAUACUCUUCCAAUGUCAAACAGGCUGUGCUUCAAAGCUUGUGAAUUGUCGUCUACUGGUUUGGUGCUGCUGAAGUGUUGAAAAUGUGCAAUGCUGUGUUUUGUGUUCUGACCACUAAAUGAAAUUGACCUUUUAUUAAUAAUAGGUAUUAAGCACAAUUGUCCUCUCAGGCAAUCCAUAAGAAACGGUGAGCACUGUAUGCCAAUUGCCUUGUUAAUUUUGUGGGUUGAUGGAUGGGGCUUGGAGAACUAUUGGGAUAGUUUUUAGUUUACUGCUGUACAAUACAGAAUUGAUAUUUUCAUGCUUUUUUCCAUUGUAACUCAUUAGUUUGUUUUAACUUUGUUUAAACAGGUUGUCUUACAGAGUUUGAAUGAGUAAUAUGAAUACAUGAUGCAUGCAGGAUACAAGAGUGGUAUACUCAGGGAAUAAUGAAUUUAUUACUAUGAAUUAGUUGGUGCUUGAUUCUGAUGUGGGUUAACUUUGCUUAAAUAUAUUGUAAAUCUGUAAAUUUCUGUAGUGACCAAUAAAAAUUCUCAUGAAUAGAAUCACUUUAAUGCUAAAAAAUCAAUUUAGAAUGUGUUUAUAUACCUAGAUCAGGAGUUAAAGAUGUAAAUAUAGUAUUGAACAGAUUUUAAUUUAGCUGUUGAUUUACCAGUUGGUGCUCAAAGAGCCAUGGUUUUAACUAAUUAUUUGAUGUAUUUCAGAAACUCAGAUCACUCUGGUCAGCAGAAAAUUAUAGUCUUUAGAUUCAAGGUGAAGGCAGAACUUUAGAUAUUUUAUCUGUACAUCUGAAUCGCUGAAUGCAAUUAAAUUAUUUUGAUAUGUUUUAGUAUUAUGAAUUGCAUUUCUGUAAACGCGGUUGUUUAUUUUUACAAUUAUUUAUGUAAUUUUGUGCCUGUGUUAUGCCUUUGUUUUAUGCAUAAAAUUUCAACCUGAUUUCUGAAAGGUCUGUACAUGGGUCUCUAAGUAUUGAUUAGUUGCCCUUGCAUAAAGCAGACAUGUUACUA